AUGAAUAUUAAUGAAGAAAAAAGGAUUCCGUUAUGUUGUGAAAUUUGCAUAAAAAAUGAAAAAGAUAUAUCAAAUGAAAUAAUAAAAGUAGCAGCACACAAAUGGCUGUUUUCGCUCGGAAUAACAAUAACUUUAGGUCGACAUGAUCCAAAUAAGAUAAUGUGUGAAAAAUUAAGUAAUUAUUGUGAAUAUAUAGUUAUUGAGCCAGCUGUACCUAUAAAAAUUGUAAAGGAAUAUAACGAAAAUUGUGAAAAUAAUAUUUAUGGGACAUUAUACACUACACAUUACUCAGUUUAUGAAACCAAUUCACAUAUAAAUAUAAAUGAUAAUAAAAAAGAUAUAGACAAUAUAAAUAUAUUAAAUUCUUAUGAAAAAAAAAAUUAUGAAAAUAUAUAUAAUGAUAAUAAUUUAAAGUUAAAAAAACAAAAUACUUCAAAUGGGUUUAAUACAAGCAAUUUAGUUAGUUCUCUUGCUACAACACAAAGUAUUGCCUAUUCAUUUCCUAUGGUUAAUGAUAUAAAAAAUAAAGACACCAUAAAAUAUCCGUCUAAUUUAUUAUUUACUGUACCUAUUAUAGGUGAAAAAUCAAUAUCUUCCAUGGAAGAAGAUCCAAUAAUUUUACCGAAUUUUUGUUGUGUAGUAAAUGUAGUUACAUAUUAUAAAAAUGAUGAUUUUAUGGAAGAACAAUUUAAUGAACCAAGUGAAAAUGAAGAUGAAGAAAAAAAAAAUAUUCCAAUUUAUGCUCAAUAUAUAUUACCACAUCCACGUUUUCAUAAAUUAUGGGAUAGUUUAUACUAUGAAGAAAAUAUAAAAAGAGAUUUACUCGAAUAUGUAUCUGCUUUAAUGUUAUUUGCAUCGAAAAAAAUUGAUUGCAAUUUAAUCAAUUAUAAUCAUCUAGUCUUGUUAUAUGGCCCUCCAGGCACAGGGAAAACAUCUUUGUGUAAAGCCCUAGCCAAUAAAAUAUGUAUUCGUUUAUCUAAUAUGUACACAACAGGAAUAUUGAUAGAACUAAAUGCUCAUACACUGUUUUCAAAAUGGUUUAGCGAAUCUGGGAAGCAAGUAUUAAAAUUAUUUAAUAAAAUUAAAAAAAUUAUUAAUGAAUAUGAGGAAAACGAUGUUUUUAUAUGCUUAUUAAUUGAUGAAGUCGAAAGCUUAUCAGCUGAUAGAAAAAAAUCUAUGGAUGGAACAGAACCUUCAGAUAGUAUAAGGGUUGUUAAUACAUUAUUAACACAAAUAGAUUCUUUAAAAUAUUAUAAUAAUACUUUAUUGCUAACUACAUCUAAUAUAUCAGAAAUGAUUGAUGAUGCUUUUAUUGACAGAGCUGAUUUGAAACAGUUCAUUGGAUUACCAAAUGAAGAGUGCCGAUAUGAAAUUUACAAGGACUGUAUAGGCGAAUUAAUCGAAAAAGGAAUAAUUAACUAUUGCUCCAAAAUCCCAAGUUACCAAAGAAUUACGAAAUUGUUAAAAAAUGAAAAGGAAAAAUCCAAAGACGAAUAUGUAUAUGGGAGUAAAUUAAUGGAGUGCGCUAAAAUGAGCAGUGGGUUUAGUGGACGAUGUUUGAGAAGGAUCCCAUUUCAAGCUUAUGCUUAUUUUUGCCAAGCUACCCUGCGCUUUUACAAUUCGACAAAUAAUAAUGACCACAAUGUUUUAAUUUCUUUGAACGAUUUUUUGUUGGCACUUCAUAAGGCCGUCCAAAAGGAACUUAUGUGUAAAGAUAUAUUACUUGAUCAAAAAAAUAAAUGA